AAACUAUCCCGCACCGGGGUCGUUUCCAAGAAACGGUUUUGGUUGGGAUCCUGGGGUGGAUGCGAAAGAAAUGCUCUAGGAAAUGGAUCACAAUCCUGUACCGGUAGCAUCGAAAAAGGUGUCAUUAUUCUUCACCAAGGCUUGCUUCUUCACGUGAACCAUGAAUAGCAUUUGCAUCAAGGACAAUGAAACUCUACUUGCAGCUUCAAGAAUCAUGCAAGGUGGUGGAGCAAUGGAGGAGCACGGAUUGCCCUUUCGACUGGCGCUGAAUUUGACCCAUGGAGACGGCUUUGAUUUGCAGAAUGUCGAAUCUCUCAUCAAACACCUGCAAUCUACGACGCUCCAAGUCGAUGAGGUGAGAAUCACACCUCCCCCUGCCAACGUUGGCGACGAGUGGAUGAUGCAGUUGUGUUCGGCCCUUGGGACCCAUCCAUAUCUGAGCAUUCUGAGCUUCUGCGUCGCACCCGAAAGUGAUCCCCAUUUCAUGACAUACAUGUCGGAAACCAUUCGUGGGGCACGAAACCUCGUGAGCCUCAGCUGUUCAGGGGUAGUCUUCUCUGGAGAAACCAAGGACUACCUCGACUUUGCGGCGGUGUUGCUUGACCACCCGACUUUACAGGAUGUAUCGCUCACAGGAUCACUUGAAGAGGGACAAUGCACCAGUAUCAACGCAAACCCUGUCCUGGCGGCACUUGCAUCCAUUCCGAACCUGAAUGACUUGGCACUCUCCUGCUUCGUCCCUCCAAUGACAGAGAGCCGCUCACCAUUCUACGAGCUGGGUGGGAAUCCCAGUCUCAAAACUCUGGACUUGGUCGGCACGGGAGGGAGGGGUAUCAUUGCAGCAUCCAUGGCAAUGAAAUGCAGCCGCAGCAUCACGACCUUGUGGGUUGAUACAUCUAUGAAAGAGGACGAGCUCUAUGAGCUUGGGGAAACCAUCCGACACAGUCAACUCGAAUCCGUUCACCUCUAUUUGGAUCCAUUCAAGGACGACGACGCCAUGAACACCCUCAUACAAGCUCUCAAUGGGAACCCCAGUUUGACAAAGCUUGCGUUCGUUUUUCACGAAAGGGAAAAUUUCUUCAGCAAUGACAUUCAGGAUGCCAUGAUUUCCAUGCUGGAGCACCAUAACUAUACGUUGCGACACAUCAAGUUUGACUUGUCAACAAGCAUCGAAGUGAGAAACGACUACACUGAAGCAACGAUUGAAUACUUUUUGAACCUGAAUCGUCUUGGACGGAACCAUCUGCUAACCAACCCGAAUGCUAGCCGAGACGAUUGGAUCGCUUGCAUUGCUGCAGCCAGUGGAAACUUGGAAGCCGUCCACUAUUUCCUCUCCACGAAUCCCUCCUUGUGCUUUGCAUGAUGACUUUGGUGUCCUUACUGAAUAGCAUUCAUGCAAAUAUUGCUGGUAUAGUAAAUUUAUUUUAAUUGAGAUUCUUUGUUC